AAUCUAAACUUCCGGUUAACAAUGAUCGCCGUGUCGUCUUUGGGUCAGGACUAGAUCCAAGUGGGCAGCCGUGUUGAUCUGAAGCAAUAGAACGAAGUUGGAAUCCAAUAGCACCUUUAAGACCAACAAAGUUUUAUUCAGAAUGUAAACUUUCGUUUGCAUGCACACUUCAUCAGCCAAUGAAAUAGGGUGCAGUGAGCAGUCAGGACUGUUGGACCGAAACCCUCGUUGUUUUAAAACCGGAAGUGGUAUUGAGAACAAUUCUUGUCUCUAUCUCCUUCUAUGGAAAUUGCGUAAGCGGAAUUCCUGAUGGCGGUUGUUUGGUUGUUUUCGUCGUCGCUCUGGAAUCGUCGGUGCCCGGCUUUCUGUGGCUAAAAAGCCCACAUUUACAGUUCAUAGCAAGCCCUAUUCUGCAUUGCCAUGAACCAUGGCCCGCAACUGAUUGCUUUCACUCGUGCCCGGGAGGAAUCAGAUCUCUGGCGAGAUGGGCACAUUCAGAAGAAAAGUCACCAAAGCACGCCUGUCGCUGGCCAGGGGGAAGGGAUCACAGAUGGAGAAACAGCGCGUAGCUUCUAUGAGAGCCUAUUACUCUCAAGUGCUCCUGGGAAAACCUCACAGAGGAAACGCAAGGUGCCGUCUGGACACCAGCCAGCAAAGGAGGCUGGUCACACCCAGAACCACCCUGCCCAGACAGACACCCGAAAGGGAAACCAGCUCUUGAAAGCUGCCCAAGAUGGGAACCUGAAGGCCCUGCAGGCAUUGGUGGAGAAGGACAGAUGUGACGUGAACUAUAGGGAUGAUUAUUAUUGGACGGCCACCAUGUGUGCUGCUUAUGCCGGGCAGGCAGAGGCUGUAAGGUACCUCCUGAGGCACGGUGCUGCCUGGGUGGGGGUGUGCGAGACUCAAGGCCGGGAUGCUGUGGAUUUGGCAGAAGAAGCGGGGCAUCAGGAAGUGGUGGCAGUCCUCCAGGAAAGCGAAAGGCCUUGGGUGAAGGAGGAACCCUCCAGUUCACAAACACCGCCUGAGAGAAAAUACUGUGCUGUGUGCCAGACUGAGUACAGUGAGGACACGGUGGCCCUCCACGAGCGCUCCACCGCCCACCUUUUCAAUCGACGCAGUCCGCUACCCCCGACACGGUACCACAUCCCUGAGAACAAUGUGGGAUUCCAGCUGAUGGUCAAGGGAGGCUGGGACCAGGAAGCUGGCCUGGGACCAGAGGGUGCCGGCCGCAAGUUCCCCAUCCAGACCAUCCUCAAGCGAGAUCAGAAGGGCCUGGGUUUCCACAGCGACCUCAAGCCCAAGGUCACCCACUUCAAUGCCCACGACCGUAGCGCCGUGGAGCAGCCAAGAAGCCAGCGACCCAGGACAGAAAGGGCUGCCACGGUGGGGAAACGGGAGGCUCGGCGCCGAGAGGCCAAAGCAAAAACUUGGGAACGCAACCUCCGCACGUACAUGAACCUUGACCUUUGAACGCUGGCUGGCAGCAGAGCGUCAUGCUGUGUGCAUAACCAUCUCUGCCUUCCUCUGCCUCAUUUAGAGGCUGGGGAUUGGACUGUGUGAAAGAGAGAUCUGGAAGGGAAGGAAGGCAGGAACUGCUUUCCUUUGGCAGCCACAGAGGGGUGCAACAGUGGUAAUUGCCCUCCAUGCCUUUGAAGUAGGGUGGACUUCUGUGCUCAGCUUUAAAAGUGGAUCAAUAAAUAAUGGGUUAGUCAGCAUUAGUAGGAGUCUUGAGAUAGUGCUCAAACAUUUCUCCCUUGUCCAGGAAUUCCAUCUUGAGGCUCCCCUCCGUCAUGCUUGCCGAUAGUUGACCUAGGACUCCGAAUAAUUAAAAAUUCUCUACCAUUGUGAGCUGGAUUCUGUGGCCCAAAUAUAAGACGCUGAUUAUUUUUAAAUUAAGUGACUUUCCUGAUGAGGGUAUUCUCACUGCUUUGCAGGAUUCUGCUUUUGCAAAGAACCAUCAGUCAUACCCUGGGCAACUUUAUCUUCUCACCCCUUUGGCUUCUCAGAUUUUGAUCAACAUUUACAUGCUUUCAGGCUGUCAUUUGAGCUCUGAGGCCUAGAAACCAGCUUGCAGAAACAAAUACAGGUGAGAUUCUCAAGACACUGGUUUCUGCAUGCGGUAACUUUUUUCAGCACUACUGUGGAGUUGCAGUCCAUCGACCCCAUCUCAUUGGGCCACUCAGGAUACACUGGUUCUGUUGAGGCAGAGAAUGGAGAAGCAUCCCCUUCACUUGACAUCUUCCUUCUAUAUCCACUGAAACCUCUUCCCAUGGUUAAUUUCUACUUCUCGCCAAAGCCCAAGUGCAGAAAGCUUGCCACAUUAAACUUGGGAAUUAGGAGCUCUGGGUUCCAGUUUCUCAGAUUUAUUUAACCUUUGAGUCCAUUAAAUAACCGUUUGCACAUGUUUGCUACUUGUAUUUCAGUACUGCAUUGAUUCACAGACACCCCAGGCCCUCUCCACACAAGAUCUCAGAUCAUGAGUCUGAAAUCUCUGCUCUCAAAUUUGUCUGAUGAUGCUGGGCCAGCUUGGUUGUGACCUGCCUUGCAGGGCAGAUUUGAAGGGGGAAAUAGGCGAGUGCAUUUGUACUACCGUGAGCUGCUGGAAGGAAGGGAGGGCAGAUGCAAGCAAUGAAAAAUGAAAUUUCUGGUUGUAGGGAAAUAUUCCCAGGCCCUGGGGAGACUUACGGUGCUGUCCUAAGCAGGGUUGUGCUCUUAUCUAUUUAUUCUAACAACUGCCCUUCUGGUGGAACCAGGCUCAGGGUGGCGUACAACACAGUCACAUAAGACGUCAAUGAAAUUUAAAUAAGACAAUAAAAAACUCAUAAUCCAA